UUUGGUGUAAAGUGUACAGCGUUUAUUUGCAAUACAUUAGAAUUUGAUAAGCAUUUGUAUCAAUAUGAUCAUAGUGGAAAUAUACAAGGGCGCUCCAUCCGGAAAUUCUGGAAGAGAGAAAUCGUAAAGGAGUUGAUCAAGUGUCGCGUUGCAUUUACGAGUUUACAAAAACGUUUUAUAUAUUGCAAAUCGAAAUGUUGAGCGUAGAAAUCGCGGGUACGCUUGGAAAAUGCGUUCUUAAUAGUGAUGCCCCUGUAACAAUCUCUGAAUUACGGCAACUAGUUGAAGAAGCGACGGGAUUUCCAAGUGAUCAAUACUACAUCGUAUACAAUGGACGACUCAUGCACGAAAACGACGUCUGUCCGGGCGGCCGUGCGACCGUUGUUCCGCGGUUGCUGGGUGGCAAGGGUGGCUUUGGUUCCAUGCUGCGCGCGAUAGGCGCGCAGAUAGAGAAGACGACGAACCGCGAGGCGUGCAGGGACCUCAGCGGACGUCGGUUGCGCGACAUAAACGAGGAGAAGAGACUGAAGGCCUGGAUCGAGAAGCAGGCCAAGCGGGAGGAAGAAACGGCGGAGCGCAAGAAGAAAAAGCUGGAGAAGUUGUGCGCCGAGCCGCGACACGAGUUCAAGGACCAGCGCUACGACCAGGAACGAGCGAAUUUGACCGAGAGGGUCAGCGACGCGGUGGACGAAGGCUUUAAGCUCGCUGGCACAUCUGGCAUCAAGAGGAGGGUCGAGGAAGAGGUUAAACCGAACAAACGCAAGACCAUGUUGGACCUGGACAUUGAUUCGGACGAGCUCGAAGACAUGUCGGACAGCAGCGACAACGAGAGUACUGCCAAUGCGUCGCCCGAGGUAGGAAGCAAGGAAGAGCAAACGUCGAACGACAGCGGACACUCGAGCGAUGGCAGUGAAAAAAUCGAGAACACUGGGAAGACAGAGAGCGAGCAUGCCGAGUCGACGCUUGACAUGGAAACAACAGACGAAGUUUCGAGUGAUACGCCAGCGGAUGCGAAAUUCGAUGUAACGGGACAUCGUAACUGGAAGCUGCUGGACCAGCGGAGAUGCGGCAAUUCUAACAGCGAUCGCAUUAUCGGCGGCAAGAACGCGAGCCUCGGCGCGUAUCCUUGGAUCGCGAGAUUGGGAUACACCAAUGGCAUCGAGAACGAGAGCUACAAAUGCGGUGGCACUUUAAUCAAUCGGCUCUAUGUAAUCACCGCCGCCCAUUGCGUGGUGAAUCUGCGCGACAAUUUCAGGAUGUCUACGGUGCGCCUGGGCGAGCACAACAGCCUGACCGAUCCUGAUUGCGAGAAAGACCAUUGCGCGGAGCCGGUGCAAGACUUCCUGCCAGAAUCGAUAAUCGUCCAUCAGAGUUACAAUACGCCGCGCAACAUGCACGAUAUCGCUUUAAUACGGCUGCAGAAAUCGGUAACGUAUAGCGAGUAUGUGAAGCCGAUAUGCAUGAUGCAUGGUCGACUGCUGGGGAAGAACUUCGUCGGUGAGACAGCGGAAGUCGCCGGUUGGGGAAUUUAUGAUCUCAACAUUCCAAAGACCAGCACGACUCUAUUGACGGUGAAAUUACCGGUCGUCGAACUAGAGAGGUGCAAACAGGCCUUCAGCAAACAUGUGGACAUUGGGGACCAGCAGAUGUGCGUAGGCGGGGUCCUGGGCCGAGAUUCUUGCAGCGGCGACAGCGGUGGGCCCCUGAUGAAAGUGGAGAGCGAGAGUGGGCCCCCCAGGUACUACUUACUCGGCAUUGUCUCCUUCGGCGUGCGACAUUGCGGCGGCACCACGACACCAGCCAUCUACACCAAGGUGGCCAAGUACAUCACGUGGAUCCUGGACAAUAUAUCCCCGUGAGAGCAUCCCCGGGAUCGAUCCUGAGAUCGAUUAAUUUUGCAGCGUUGAGAAUUGUAUAAAUAUUGCUUAGUCAUUAUAUAUAUUUAAUCCU